CAGAGGAACGAGAGGGGGUGGGCGGGAGAAGACAGACAGGGAGGAAAAGUACGAAUCGCCAGGACGAAGACUGUGGAAGAUAGAGGAGAAACGGGAAACGGGUCUUGUGUCUUCGUUUCGUUUCUUCGAAAAAUACGUUUACGAAGAGAAGGACGGAGGAACAAGCGACAGCCACGAGCGAAACGACGAGGAGGAAGCGGAACAUGCUGGAACCACGCUGGAGACCCGUCCAGGGACACAUCGGUGAGAAUCCGUUCGACAACGGUUCGUGGGGAAAGGAGCAGUAUCAACCAUCGACGGUUCCUUGGCAGCUGAAUCCGCGCAGCCACGCUCGUCCCAGUGACGAUGGCAUAAUGGAUCAUGACACAGACGGAGACGGCGCGAUCAACUUGUCAACGUCACAGCGACCCUCCGCCGCCACCACCCCCAACGGUGACACCCCCUCGUACGGCCAAGAUCAACAAGACAACGACCAGGCUACUUCGCUGUUUGCAGCCCUGAAGCAGCAGCAACAACAACAGCAACCGCGCGACAGUGUCCCCUCGUCGAGGGAGCGCGAGAACCGAGAGCGAGAUCGGCUGUCGGUGCGUAGCCGUGAGAACAGCCGGAACGAGCUCGGUGGCGGCGUGACGGAGCAAUCGCAGCAACCGCAGCAGCAACAACAGCAACAGGAGCUCACGAUCGAGUAUCAGAGCAAUGGAAAGCUCAGUCCCGCUGGGCACACAGUGACAGCAGCACCCAUGACCCAGCAAAAGCAGCCUAUCAUCACGCAGCAAUCGCAACAGCCGAGUUCGGGGGCGCCUGGUCCCCAACCGAGUCCUCAUCAGAGUCCACAGGCCCCUCAGAGGGGGUCGCCGCCGAAUCCUUUGCAAGGUCCUCCGCCGGGAGGGCCGCCAGGGGCACCACCCUCGCAAAAUCCCCCGCAGAUGAUGCUCAGCCCGGCUAGCGGCAUCCAUCAGAUGCAACAGCUGCUGCAGCAACACAUACUCAGCCCGACGCAACUGCAGUCGUUCAUGCAGCAGCACUCGCUGUACCUGCAGCAGCAACAGCAGCAACACCAUCAGGACUCCGCGUCGGAGCAUGCGUCCAAUCAGGAACGAUUCGGUUACUUCUCGUCUCUCAAGGACCACCAGCACCAGUUCGCGGAGCUGGGCAGGAAGAAGCUGGAGCAGGCGAUACAGCAACUGCAGGAACAGUUGCAGCUGAAUAUGAUCCAGCAGACGCAUCUGAUGCAAACCGCGGACAAGAAGAAGGCAUCCGUUCCGCUUCAGCAAUUGGGACUUCAACAGCAACGCCUGAUACAGCAGCUACAGAUCACGCAGAGCCAGUACCUUCUUCAACAUGGCCUGGGUCUUCAGGGUCACAAUCCUUCUUCAGGUCUGCAACCUAACGAAGGUCUACCAAUGUGGAAAUCGGACACGUCGGAUGGUCCGGAAUCCCACCAGAACUCGAACGUUCCAAAAUCCGUGGCUGGACUCAAUGUGUCGAGUCGGCGGUCGGAGAUGAAUGGAACCACUCCACUGGACGAGAAACCGCUGGACGUUUCCUCCAACGACAAGGUUCAUCCCCUGUACGGCCAUGGGGUCUGCAAGUGGCCAGGCUGUGAAGUUAUUUGUGAAGACUAUCAAGCAUUUCUUAAGCACUUGAACACGGAGCACACGCUGGACGACAGAUCGACGGCGCAGGCCAGGGUUCAGAUGCAAGUGGUCUCGCAGCUGGAGAUUCAGCUGCAGAAGGAACGGGACCGGUUAACCGCUAUGAUGCACCAUCUGCAUGUGGCGAAACAAAUGGCUUCCCCCGAACCACCAAAGUCGUCCGAGUCAUCGACGGGCUCGAGUAUACCAAAGUUAAAUCUCUCUACGGCUCUGAUGAGCCAACCACCACCGAACUUCAACGUCUCCCAAGUGUCCACCCUGGUCUCGGCAGUGAGGUCGCCAGCAGUGCCGCCAUCGGUCGGAGCACCCAUGCCACCCAUUCCCAACAUGUCCAACAUGUCAGGGAUGCCUCCGCUGUCGAAUAUGGCGGGCAGUAUGCCCACGAUGCCGACCAUGCCCAGCAUGGCCGGGCCCAUCAGACGACGUAUCAGUGAUAAAUCCGCGCUUUCCUCGGUAGGAGGACUGUAUGACGAGGGCACUGUAAGGCGCAGAGUAGCCGUCGAUAGAUCUGGAAUAGAUAUUAACGAAGAUAUUCAACAAAAUAGGGAAUUUUACAAGAACACCGACUUCAGACCGCCGUACACGUAUGCGUCAUUAAUCAGACAGUCGAUCAUCGAGUCCCCGGAGAAGCAGUUGACGCUGAACGAGAUCUACAACUGGUUCCAGAACACGUUCUGUUACUUCCGGCGCAACGCAGCAACGUGGAAGAACGCGAUCCGCACCAAUCUAUCAUUGCACAAGUGUUUUGUGCGCUAUGAGGACGACUUCGGGUCAUUCUGGAUGGUGGACGACGCCGAGUUCUUAAAGCGGCGGCAUCUGUCCCGCGGCCGCCCCAGGAAAUAUGACCCAACCCCAUCACCCACUCCACCCCACCUCUCCACACAGGGUGUCCCGUCGAAAAGUCCAACCCUGACGCAUAGCCCGACCAUGUACGGUGACGCAUUAAAUGCCAAUCUCCAGUAUUUCCAGGCGGCACUCGGGGACUCCAAUAUGGGAUUUCUAAACAACUCGAUGUGCACAUCGACGACAACGAGUCCCCACAAGGAGCACGUCCUAGCCCAUAACGAUCUAAUGUCACCGUUGGAUGAACCAGCCGUGCACAUAAACCAGGAAGGCCAGAGCCCGGAGGGGGGUAAACUCACGAGAUUAAUAAAGCGGGAGCUGGUCGACGCGCCCGCGGAUCAAGAGGGUGAAGAGGAUCAGAUGGACGAGAGGGAGUACCCCGAGAGUCACGGGCACGAUUCGGGCCAGGACGAAGACAUGGCCGAGGACCUGUCGAUGGCGCCCGACAUAAUGACCCCGGAGGAUCAGAUGGAGGCGUAGUAUCGUUCCGCGAGAAGCGAAUAGGUUCGAGCUGUCGCGUCGAAGUACGGUCGUGAUGGAAGAACGUAAAGGAGAGGAAGAAGAAAAAAAAAAUAAGAAAAAGAAGAAGAAGAAGAAGAAGAGGAAGUUUCUCUUCCUCGCCGAUAGAUAAGCCAAGACCAGAAAGCCAGAUAGUAGGAUGAACGAGGAGGGAAGAAGGAUGGCGAAGAAGAGAAAGAAAUGGAAGACGAAGGCGAAGAAGUAGAAGAAGGAGAAGAAGAAGAAGAUGAAGAAGAAGAAGAAGACACGAAGAAGACGAUGAAGGCCCCUAGGACCACCCAGCCCUCCACUCCUCCUUCGUAAGAGAAUCCCCAUUUAUCAUAUCCAAAGCCGUGAUACGUUUUAUCGAGCGGCUCUUAAAGGUAAAGGCAAAAGAGGAAUAAGAAAACGAAUAAGAAAACGUACACUGUGCGUGAUCGAUCGCGACGAAACGUCGAACGAGAAUCGGCGAAUAUCGUGAUAUAGGCGGCGCGAUCCUUCGAUCCAUAUCCUUACUCAAGCAAUUGCGAACAACGAUGUAUUUUCUGUUCUCAAAUUCCGUUUCUUUUCGGAA